GCACUAGUAUUCACUUGACAAAAUGGCCGCGUCCAUGAAAAAGAAAGCCGGCAGCAGUUUUUGAUCUAUUAUGCGCGUAUUCUUCCAGUGCUCUUAAGAAAUUAGUCGCAUUCACACGUUUUAAACAUGAGUAACAUCUAUAUCCAAGAACCUCCUACAAAUGGAAAGGUUUUACUAUCAACAACUGUUGGUGAUAUUGAUAUAGAGCUAUGGUCAAAAGAAGCUCCCAAGGCAUGCCGGAACUUUGUUCAGCUGUUGAUGGAAGGAUACUAUGAUGGGACAAUCUUUCAUCGUAUGGUCAAGGACUUCAUCGUCCAGGGGGGUGACCCCACAGGAACUGGUGAAGGAGGUGAAUCCAUAUAUGGAGAACCAUUCAAGGAUGAAGUGCAUUCCCGUUUGCGAUUUGUUCGUAGAGGUCUGGUUGCUAUGGCAAAUGCUGGUGCCAAUGAUAAUGGCAGUCAGUUCUUCUUCACCUUGGGCCCAGCUCCAGAACUCUAUAAGAAACACACCAUAUUUGGAAAGGUUGCAGGUAACACACUGUUUAACAUGAUCAAACUACAAGAUGUGGAAACAGAUGGCACUGAUCGACCUCUUUACCCACACAAGAUUCUCAAGGGAGAGAUCCUUUCCAAUCCAUUUGAUGACAUUGAACCGAGAGUUCUGAAGAAGAAGAAACAAGAAGGAGAGGAAACGAAGAAACACAAGAGUAAAUCAAAGGCUACAAAGAAUUUCAGCUUGCUGUCUUUUGGUGAGGAGGCAGAGGAGGAUGAAGAGCAGACGGAUAAAGCAUCAAAGACAAUGCGAGGUAAAAGUAAGAGCAGCCAUGAUCUGAUAGACGACCCUCAUCUGAGUUCUGUCCCAGCCCUGGACACAGAAGAGAGACCAGAUGGCAAGAAGAGAAAGUCAGGCGGAGAGACAGAGGGCUCUGACACGGGCGAGGACAGUAAAGAGAAAUCACUUGAGACAGUGAGGAAAAAGCUCAAGACAGAUGAGACGGACAAGAAGAAGGAUGUCAGUGGGAAGGAAGACAAGAAGAAAGAAGACAAGAAAAAGGGGGACAGUGACAGGGAGUCAGAAAAGACAAAGCUAGACCAUCUUGAGGAACUGAAAAAGGAGUCAAAACAAUUACAGAAGGAACUGUCAGAAUCAAAACGGAAAAGUGAGAGAAAGGCAGAUGAAAAAGAAGAGAAAAGUACAAAAGAAGCUAAGAAGGAUAUAAAAUCUGAAGGAAAAACGAAAGACUCAAAAGACAAAGGGAAGAAAGGAGCUGAUAUAGAGAUGAUGCCCAAGGUGGACAUGUUAGAAGAGUACAAGCAGGAGCGGCAGAAGUACAAGGACCUACGUCAGAAGCAGAGCAAGAAGGGAUCCAGUCGGGAGGCAGACACACUAGCCAUGCUUGCUAAGUUCCAGAACAGACUUGAAAAUGUCAAGAAAUUAACUUCUCUCUAUGAGGACGAGGAAGAAGAAACAAAGAAAGAAAAGAAAGAAGAAAAGACUGAAGCAGAUGAAGAACAGGAAGAUGAUGAUAUGACCUGGAUGGGUCACAAAUUACAUUUUGAGGACAAAUCCAGGAAAGUCAUUGAUGCCAAUGUAACUGAUGAAGACAGAUAUGAAAUUUAUGAUCCUCGAAAUCCACUGAAUAAGCGCAGAAGAGAAGCCAGCAAACAGUCUUCCCGGGACAGACGGUAACAGUGGCUCUACCAUGAGAGUGUUCAUGGGAGACAGACAGUUGAAGUGAGGAAUGUGUGACUUGUUAUGUAUCACCUCGACCAGCCUUAAUUUGUCUUUGGGUGAAUAUCAACAUACUUAUGCUGACUGAUGGUUCCAUGAUGAGUAAUAAAUGUUAAAGCCUCUGUUAGACUCUCAGCAUUAUCGAGAUGUGAUAAGCUGGGGAUGGUCAUGAAUGGAGAUUAAAACGUUUUUCUAA